UUGUCUUCAACAACGUGUUGUUACCGUAAUGCAGAGUAUGAACAAAAAGUGACAGUGGAGGAUGGCUUGACUUUGUCUUUUCAAGUGGAAGCUUUCCUGAUAGCAUUUUGGAGUUUAUUUGUCUUAGAGUCGUCUUUUCAGUACAUGAUUGAAGAUGAGCGAGGACGCGUUUGAGGUCCCGGAAAGGACAGAGUACCGCUACUUGGUGCAGGAGGAAGAUGAAGAGGAGAUGCGAUAUGUUCGGCACAGACACUACAUCAGCCCCUUCCUGGUGCUUUCUAGACGCUGCAUUUUGCUCAUCUGCCUUGGAGUACUUGCUCUCCUCGUUCUGGCCACUUACUUGGGCUAUGUAGCCCAGACACUUCCUCCUGGACUUGUCCAAGUGACCACUGACGGCGGCGAAUACAGAGGAAGACAUAAAAAUGGGGCCUACUCCUUUAAAGGCAUGUCAUAUGCUGCUCCACCAGUUGGUAACCUGCGUUGGGCACCACCUGCCGAGCCAGUUUGUAGGCCUGGUGUCACUGAUGCUAGUCGUUUCCGUAGCAUGUGUCCUCAAGUCCAACCGCUGUCAAGUUCAGGCAAGGUAAUGGGCCAAGAGGACUGCCUUUUCAUUAAUGUGUGGACACCAACGCUCAAGGCCGACUCAAAGCUGCCCGUCAUGGUCUGGAUCCAUGGAGGCCUACUACACAUGUUCAGUGGUGGUGAGCAAGGCUACUCACCCACGGAGAAGCUUGCAGCAGAAACUGGGAUGGUCUAUGUCAGCUUCAACUAUAGACUUAAUGCAUUUGGCUUCAUGGCAUUGGAGAUACUCAGGGAUGGUUCUCACAAAAACACUUCAGGGAAUUAUGGCUUCAUGGACCAGAUUUCUGCAUUAAAAUGGGUACAAAGAAACAUCCACGUUUUUGGAGGUGAUCCUGGAAAAGUUACCAUAUUUGGCCAGAGUUCAGGUGGAACCUCUGUGUGGACCCUGAUGAUGUCGCCUCUCGCAAAGGAUCUCUUCCAUGCGGCAGUAGAUAUGAGUGGGUCGUAUGUAUACAAUGCCACUCUGGAACAGGCUGAGUCGGACAAUCUGAUCUUCCUGAACAACACAGGCUGCAAGGACAUUUUAUGCCUUAGAAAUCUCUCCAUUAAUCAAAUAUUGCAGGCUAUCCCAUGGCAGCAAUACCCUUCUUGGGCUGCAGAUAAGCUGGUUGAUCUUCCGACCAGGGGGCUGUUCUUUGGCCCUGUUGCAGUAGUGGACGGGUAUGUCCUCGAAGCGUCACCCUUUGCGAUAUGGGAAAAGAAAGGAGCUUAUAAUGACGUUCCCUUUGUCAUUGGGACAACAGAGCAGGAAGUGGACUUCAGUCCAGCACCUGAAAAUAUCUCCAUGUGGACCUGGGGGGACUACAAGUGGUUUGUGAUAGAAAAACUCAAGUCAUUUAGUAAGAAUCUUACCAAAGCGGCAUUAGAGCUUUAUCCUUCCUCCGACCCUUGCCCCACCACAGACCGCUGUCCUGAGAGAGCAUACACGACUAUGGUUUCUGACAUUAGAGUGACAUGUCCCAACAAUGAUCUAGCCCACAGGGCUGCAGCUGCCCUUCAGAGUCCUGUUUAUCGUUAUGUGGUGACAUACACACCUUCUGGAGCAGUCAACACAACUAUUCCUCUCCUUCCGUUUCAUAGCCGCUUCUCUUUCCACUGCUUGGAUGUCAUUGCUUUCUUUGGGGGACUGGAGUUAGUUCUGGGAAAACCACUCUCUGAGCAGGACAAGAGUUUCCAAGAUCUUGUAACACAACAUCUUGUGAACUUCGCCAAAACAGGCAAAAUGGCUGAUGAGUGGUCAGCUUACCCAGGAGUCACUGCCCUCCUGUCCAGCAAGCUUUCAGUGGUCAACGAGUAUUCAGCUGCACGCUGUCGCUUGUGGAAAAAGAAUGGCCUGUAUGCCUAUGCGUGGAUAAACUGAUGAUACAGAGACAUUUGAAAAGUUGUUCAGCUGUCUUUUGCUUAGUUCCUGUGAAGGGAAUAUAUUCUAUUUGAGUUACACAUAAGCCAAGUUACAUUUUGUUUUUUAUUUUACCAGCAGCCAGUCAGUGUUGAGUAAAAUUACACAUUCUCCGAAGUGAGUCUUAGAUGUGUCAAAAUUAAUCGAUUAAUCAUCAACAAACCGGUUAUCAAACUAACCGCCUCAUAUUUUAAUCAUGGAGUAAAUGUUUAGAGCCAUUUUUUUAAUUAAAGAGUGUCCAAAACUUCUGAUUUCAGGCUCUCAAGAAGUCAAUUAUCUGAAAUAUCUAGUCCUUCAUGAAAGCAGACUGCUAUAUCUGUUGUGUUUCAUCAAAAUAAGUCACUUGCAAUCAUCUGCCUUUCCUUUGGAAAGCAGAUCAUCAAUUUAUGUGUGAUA